GAACACUACCAGAUUCGAAGUCUUGGUUUGCGAAGGAUGGUGCGUUGCCGAUUCUCGCCGUCCUACGCCGACAUCCCUUGCCAGCGAAGUCAAGUACCAAAAGAAGGAAGAAGGAAGGGGGAAACUCUCCAAUAACGUGUUUUCCCGGGAAAAUUCACGAGUCAAAGAAAUUUUUAUCUCCACUUUAGGUAGAAGCGAUCAAAGGUCUUCGGUCAGGCCUGCAUAUGCCUCUCCGCUGUUUCGUUCAUCUUCUUCCCUUGGUGAUCUUGGGAAGGUUCACUUGCGUGGAAGAAAUCUUGCUCAAGCAUUUGUGAGUGAAAUUGGUUUUUGAUUUCGGAGUCUUGGGUGCAAGUGAUACAUCCAAUACAUUAGUGCAACCGGUGAGCGGAUAUUGCAGUUCAGAAGUGAUUGAGUGCCCCUGCUGGUCCUGUGCCAUGACUCCAGGAACUUUAAGGAGGCGACUGCACCAUGGUGAUGUCGAUGGAAAGAAACGCGAACAUGUUGAGGCAGAUGCACUAGACUUCCUAAGUGAGCCGUUGCUUGGGAGUGCACGCGAAGUCGCUAGCCUUAAAGAUGAUUACGAAAGCGACGAGGAUACUUUGGAUGAGAAGAAAAGAAAGGAAAAACUGCAUUGGGCGCACCUAUUCUCACAGUUGAUAACCCACUGGGCUCAGUUUUUGGCAAAUAUUGUUAUAGGCUCUGGAACUAUCAUUGGGCGGCUCCUACCUCUUCCCCUUAUCAAUAGCUUUGGAAGUGAGAAGAAAAACCGUCCAGUUUUUGUGAGUCCUUUGCAGGAAGAGAGGCUGAGAUUAUUGCAGCAGAGGAUGGGAGUUCCUUUUGAUGGUUCUCGUCUAGAUCACCAAGAUGCCCUCAAGCAGCUUUGGAGGCUGGCUUACCCCAGCAGAGAACUUCCAUCACUUAAAUCAGAAGUGUGGAAAGAGAUGGGUUGGCAAGGCUCUGAUCCAUCAACUGACUUCAGGGGUGGAGGCUAUAUAUCACUGGAGAACUUGAUUUUCUUUGCACAGAAGUAUCCGGACUCGUUCCAGAAUCUGUUGCAUAAAAAAGAAGGAAGAAGGUCUGACUGGGAGUAUCCAUUUGCUGUGGCAGGGGUAAAUGUAUCUUUUAUGUUGGUGCAAAUGUUGGACCUGCAGUCAGGACCACCGACUUCUAUAGUGGCGGCCAACUUUGCACGCCUACUUGCAGAAGAUGAGAUGGCAUUUGACAACCUCUUUUGUGUAGCGUUUAUGAUGCUGGAUGCCCAAUGGCUUGCUAAACGUGCUUCAUAUAUGGAGUUCAAUGAGGUGCUAAAAUCAACAAGGACGCAGUUAGAACGUGAGCUUUCUCUAGAUGACGUUUACAGCGUAAGGGAUCUGCCUGCAUACAAUCUCUUACGUCGAUAGCCAGACAUGAUCUAUGAGAUUAGAGUUCGUUACCUGUAAUGUUAUGCAAAUGUAUUCUUUUCUUAUGUUCAUUAAAUACAAAAAAAUUCUGGAAUAAGUCUAGUUCAACUAAAA